UGGAGUUUUGACACGAAAACAAAACACAACAUACUUUGAAGACGUUUGCGAAUGUUUAUCAAUCUAUUUUGGUUUAAUUCAAGGAAUUUUGCAGAAAGAUGACGCUUGAAACAAACAAGCCCCACAAGUCCAUGAUUUUAGUUUACUUGCAAUGUUAUUUUGUCACAAUUGCAACUAUAUUGGGGACAGGAAUCUUAGGCCUUCCAGUAACACUAACCCAUGCUGGGCUGUAUCCAUUCCUGAUUUCAUUCAUUCUCGGCUCCAUUAUACAGGGGCUGUUAAUCUUUUUCUUCACUGAUCUUCUUCAGAGAGCUUAUGCCUUACAAUUGAAAUCAUGCAGGGAAGAUCCAUAUCCAAUCGGUGAAGAGACAGAGUUUCUAAUGGACGAAGACAUUGAUGAUCUACAAGAUGAAGCCAGUGGUGAGAUUAUACAUGUACACGGUCCAGUGCUAGCAGGUCAUGUGAUCAUACCAAAGGACAUCAAUAUCCAACCCCCCAACCUUCAUCUCCUAGGCAACCAGUUCCUGCCGUGUGGGCUGCGACAAUUCUUCGAUAUCAUUCUUGUGCUACAAUUUAUGGCGUUGUUGAUCAGCUAUGCGCUAGCUGGGAGUGAGGCCUACGGUGCUCUGAUAGGUAUAGACUACCGUUUCAUCAUCCCAGUGUUUGUGUGGGUCCUCACGCUGGCGAUUGUGUUUGCCCUGAAGUUUAUCCAGCCUAUAGUGUCGGUACUCACUUUUUUCAAGGGAAGUCUACUCCUUGGAACGGUGAUUGUUACGUUUUAUGUUGGGGCUUCAGUCCAUAGGGAAAUUAUCAAUGACUACAGCUACUUUGGUGCCCCAUUCCUCAUGGGAACUGUAGCCUUAGGAGGAGUUGUCAAUGUGAUGCCAAUGUUAUACAGCAAAAUUCAACCUUUGAAAAAUCAGAUCCAGAAUUUUAGAUUUGCCAUCGUACUAGGCUUGUUUACCUGUGCAAUUCUGAAUAUUGGCUGGAGUUGGGCUGUACUGGAUAUCGUGCCCCAGCUAGAGAAGUAUACCUGUGAAGGUGGUAACACAACCACCUGCUACAAUGAUGUGUCCUUGGAAAGUGCUGCCAAACAUGGAGAAAUCUCCACUAUACCACUUACUACUGUGAUAUCUCGCACCUAUCCAACAUUUGAGUGGGUGGCGAUUCUUGUGGAGUUAUUUAUAGUCGUGAGCAUAACAGUUUCGUAUCUGACCAUUGGGGCCGUUCUUCACCAUACAUUAAAUGGCUGGGUGAAUUCAUUUUGGGCCAAAGACUCGAUGUCAACCUACCGUGACAAACUGAAGACACCAUCCAAAUGUUCCUGGUGUAAUUCUCAGUGUAUGUGCAAUUCAGUGCUGUCUCUGGUUACAUUUGGGAUUGUGUUCCUCAUAGCCAUGAUGGAUCCACAGGGUUUCCUUGACAUGUUGGAGAAGUUUGCGUCCUUCACCAUCAACCUGGAGGUGGCCUUGUUUGUCUUCCUAAUGCUGCUCAAGUCAAGGAACUCUGAAAACAGGAGAUUGAAAAUCCCACUGCCAUUACCACCUGUAGUAUAUUACCUGGUGUACAUCAUACCCGUGUAUUUCGGAUUUGCCGUGGGUUACGACGUAUACAACACAAUAAGAGACAUCAUUGUCGAACAAUCCGGUACUUCGCAGGGAAAAAUUAUCACCCAAGGAAUUACUGGUGUUGCCAAAAAUAUAACCAAAAGUUUUAAUGUGACAUCGUCAGUGAUGUCAUCAACAUUGCCUAUGACAUCUUCAAAUGUGACAGUGUCAUCAUUACUAGAAAAUGUGACAUCAUCAACUUUGGUUCAACAUUUAGUUUCAACCGUGAAAGAUUUUACAGGCGGAGGAAGAUAAAAUAACUUAGGGUCCACUUUAAUUAAAUAUUCCAUAACAUUUCCAUUGCAAUACUUAUGUGCAAUUUAAGAUAUUUUUAACUCUCUAUAUAGAAUAAUUCAUGAGGUGACAUAUUAAUACAAAAGAGAGAGUCCUAUUAUUUUUUUGAUAAAGGCAUUUUCCACAGUGAUUUUUUCAUUUCUUUUUUCUCCAUGACUAUUAUUGUCUGUCUCUUUUUCAACCAAAUAUUAUAUAUAAGUGUUGUACCAGCUCAUGGAAUGGUUUUGCAAAGGCUUUCUAAAAUGAAUUUUCACCUUUUCUCAAAUUUUUCCCAACAAGAUACUAUUUUAUUUUACAUACUUUUACAUUUUUGCAUAUUGCUUCCUUCCUAUUCAAAUAUUGGAACUACAGAUUAAAGAAAAAAGAGACUCAGUUGCUUAAAAAAAAGAUACACCACUUUAGAUAAAGUCUAUGAAACAUUCUUAAGUUGCUAAUUAAGUAUGUAAUACAAGAGUUAUUAAUAUUUUAAUGAAAAAAGCUUGAAUUUUGAUUGUCAACAGCCAAAGUAUUUCAUGAACUGUUAUUUAUGAAACUUGCAUAGAUUGAAUAAAACUACUUGAAAUGAAUUGAACAUGCAAGUUUUGUUUUCAUAAGUUCUGUAUCACCAGAGUUAUUGCCCUUUUAGUAAUUAGAAAAGUUUUAGUUAUUGAGUCCAGAGCCAAAAACUUACUUUGUUACUUAAAGACAGAUUAUAAUUAUUAUUAUUAUUAUUAUUAUUAUUAUUAUUAUUAUUAUUAUUAUUAUUAUUCGAGUUUUGCCUCCAUACCAGUUAGAUUAUAGUUGCUGCCCUUUAAUUAUUGAAAAAAGCUUAAAUUUGUAUAUUUGUAAGUGAAAAGACAGAAAUUGAUGAAACUCAUAUAAUGUGUGUUUAACAAUAGUUUGAUUGGGCACACACAAGUUUUUCCUACAUUGGAUCAAUACUACCUGAGUUACUGCCCUUUAAUUAUUGAAAAAAGUUUAAAUUUGUACUUUUGGAACUUAUGGACAGAGCUUAUGUUUAGUGCUUAUAACUAUAAUGUUAUUGUGCACACACAAGUUUUGCCUAUUUUGGAUCAGUACCACCUGAGUAAUUGCCCUUUAAGUCAUUAAUCACUUAAAUAUGUAUUUUUAAAGUUGUAAUUGCUUUGAAAUUAGCUGACUGAAACGUUAUGAAGCUAACAUUCAUCAUUAAAAAGCAACUAUACACAUAUAUAUAUAUAUAAGCAUAUAUUCUUUUUAAAAACAUUCCUUUUUGCCACAUUUUACUUACAUUGGGAGUGUUUAACUGUUUUGUUCUUAAACUAUGAAACCAUUGGCAGUAGAUACCAAUUCGGGAUUCGCUGGUUUAAACUGAUAGCUGAGCUUGACUUCACAACUGUUUGAAUUCUUUUUGAAACUCUUAAACUUAUUUUGAUGAUACUGAUAAAAUCAUAGUUUAUAAUAUUAUACAUUUUUAUAUGCUCAUUUUGACAGGUCAUGUACUAUAGGAUCUACCCCACCAGCAUAAGUCCCACCAGUAUCAUAACGGGUCAUAAUUCAAAUAUAUUUCUUCUUAUUUUAAUGAAACUUGUGUGGAAUGCUCAUGUUAAGAACCGUUUCAGAAUUUACCAAUGUUAGAAUAAAUACUUUUGUUAUACAUUACAUUAUUGUCAUUACUUUAUAUAUGUUUUAAUGUAUAUGCAUAAUUACUGUAAAUCAUGGGGUUCUAAAGUUCAGGAUAAAUUAUUAAAUCAAGGUUGAGACCUUUUUACUUCAAACUUUCAAACAGGUGUAAAGAUUGUAUUUUGGUCGGACAUUUGCAGCAAAAAAAGUAGGAAGUACCUUGAAAUAAAUAUAAAUGACUUCAGGGCCCUGGGUCAUAUUCAAUAAGCAUCUUAGUGAAUAUUUUCAUCGAGAAUUUCGUAAUUUUUGACAUCAAUUAUUUUAACUGCCCGAUACUUUCUUUCCGAUUAAUUCAUAUACUUAUAUUGUUUAGACCAUUUUCUUGCUUAUUUUCAUAUUUUUGGUAUACAAACAAUGUUUGUUUUUUUUCAAAUUAGAAAAAGGCAGUUUUUCACUAAGUUGAAAUUUUAGCUUGACUAUUCGAAGAAUAGGUGGGCUAUACUACUCGCCCCGGCGUCGGGUCCGGUUAAAGUUUUAGGGCAAGUUGGGAUUUUCACUUAUAAGUCCAAUACCCUACAUUCAACUGACUUAAUACUUCACGCAGUUGUUCAGGGCCAUCACAUGAUGAGGUUAGAUAACUACAUAUCAUUCUUUACACAGAUUAUGGCCCCUGAUUGACUAUGGAACUUAGGUUUAAGUUUUAGGGCAAGUUGGAAUAUUUAUUAAUAACUUCUAUAUCCUUUGUUCAGUUGACUUCAUACUUCACACAGUUGUGCCGGACCAUCACACAAUGAGAUUACAUAACUCCAUAUUAUCCUAAAUACAUGUUAUGGCCCCUGAUUGACUUAGGUUAAAGUUUUAGGGCAGGUUAAAGUUUUAGGGCAAGUUGGGAUUUUCACUUGAAACUCCAAUACCAUUCAUUCAAUUGACUUAAUACUUCACACAGAUGUUCAGAGCCAUCACAUAAUGAGGUUAGAUAACUCCAUAUUAUCUUUUAUACAAAUUAUGGCCCCUGAUUGACUAUGGAACUUAGGUUAAAGUUUUAGGGCAGGUUGGGAUAUUGUUUAAUAACUUCUAUACCCUUCAUUGCACUUAAAAAAAUUCAAAAUUAUUUACGACCAUCUUACAACAAGAAACAUAACUCCGUUUUAAGCCUAAAUACAAAUGAUGGCCCUUGAAUUUUUUUUUUUUAAAUUUCCUUUGAAAGGCAUAUUUGUAUAUUCUUAACCACAUUUUCAUAAUGGGAAAUCAAGUUAUUUGAAUGACUUGCGUCAUUGUUUGGGCGGGCUGGUGGGAGAGCAGCAUCAAAGUCACAUUAUGUAUCGAAUAAUUUUAGUUAGGUUUGACAUAAAGAGACCAAACUUGGUAUUAUUACAUCGUUAUUGUAUUCUAAGUCAAAGCGGCGUAGUCGAGUGCGCUGUCUUACAACGGCUCUUGUUUUACAAAGAUUCUAAUUGAAUAAGGCCCCAAAAACAAUUUGAAAAGGGGUCAAAGCCCCUUUUACCCUGCUUUUGGCAUGAAUCCCUCUAGUCAAACAGACCCUGAUUAAAUCAUGGCUAGAAAAAUAUCAGCUGUUAGAACCCCUGUUUUAUUCCAGGACAGUGAUCUGUGAAAUGUUGUACAUUUUUGUAGUAAUUUAUAUACCAUAAUUGCCUUUAUUUGUAUGAUGUUAUUUUGUGCUCAAUUGACGCUUAUUAAUCUGAAAUUCUUGUUAAUUUUUGGACAAUUUUUUUUUUCUUUAAGGUGUUGAUAUAAAUGUUAUAUUUUGUUAUCAGUUGCAGUUUGAAUGAAAAUUGUGAUACUCAAUAAAAUAUUGA